AUGACGGAAGAUGUUGUGCGAAAGGCUGCUCGGUCCUGCGUUCACAGUUGGAUGCAACCGCCUGGCGAGGGAAAAGUCCAAGCGGUGGAUUGUAUCCACGAAAAGUGCUCGCUGUUAGUAUUGUAUCCCGGCGGAAAUUAUUCAUCCUGGGCUCUCAAGCAAGCAAAACUGUUUACCUUCUGUAGCGAAUUCGAGUUGAAGGUUCUGCUCGAAUCGAAUUUUCAAUCCGUCAAGAUUUUGAACGCUGGGAACAAGAGUGCGGCUGCCGUACACGUCUCAGUUGGCCCGGUCAAUGGAUGGAUGGUCAUGUUAUGUACUCAACACGAAUGGAAAUGCAUUUCUGCUGUCUUUUCAAGGUCGCCUACACCAAAACAGCAAGUGUUGCCUAUGGAUUUUCAAGAUGUCGCGACUCUAAGUUGGGACGGCUAUUGUGCCGCCAAUCGAGCGUGUGAUGCCAAGGCGAUGGCAUCUGUCUUUCACGGUACAUGCCGUCUCACCUACAGUGAUGAUGACGGAAACGUCCAAGUUUUCGAACAAUCAGCCUUUUGUAAAAAGGUUGCCAACCGGUACACUGAGGACACACCUCACAUACCCUUUGCAUCUUUCCGGGACAAUCAAGAAAUUGGUCAAUUCGAUUCGUUGGAUUCCAUAGAAUUUUCGUCUCCUAAUGUAGCUAUGGUAACGCUCAUGGUAGGACACCCGCCCUUCUUAUGGACAGAUCUCUUGACAUGCGCCAAACUUGAAGGACAAUGGUGGAUUGUGCACAAGUCGUCCUGCAGCCAGCAACAUCCGAUGGUGCAGGUUGAGUGUAAGUAG